GUUCAUAUGAUUGGCUACAUGGCGCGUGUCGCGUGACAUGGGCUGCGGUUCCAGCAGCAGCUACAAACAAAAUGUCAAUGCGAGCCCCGAGGUAUUGGAAGCAUAUAUGGAAGUAGAUCGAGCCAUCUGGCGGGAGGAGCAGCAAGUUCCAGCCCCUGCUCCGGCCCUGAGCUUUGCAACCGCGCGGUUAGAAGCCCUGAACACGGAGCUGCAGGCAGCGGAAGAGCGCGUGGCGGCAUGGAGCCAAUCAGGGGACGGCGGAAGUGACGAAAGUUUGUGGCGGGUGAUUCUGGAACUGGGCAUUCACAGAAACGAAGAGAGGGCGACCGAACACGAGGAGUUCAUAUCCACCAUCAACAGACAGGUGCUUGCGCGCAACGAAGUGGCUGUGUUGCGGAGACGUUGGGAAGAGGCGACGGAGGAGGUGAAGGUUUUGAAAUCCAAGGUGUCCUACCUGCAGGGGCUGUAUCAGGAGGAGGACUCGCUGCUGGAAGGUCUUUUCGGGGAAUCCUACGGCAGCGAAGAGGAGAAGCACAUAGAACUGGAGCUGGACAAAGUUCGUAGCUACCGUGAUACGAUGGCAGGCGGCGUGCUGGAGUGGCAAGAGGCAUCCAUGUUGGUACAGGCCGCCACGGAACUGCUGGAAAGAGCCGUGACCUGCUGGAAGGAGCUCAGUUCCCAGACACCAGAGACCAGGUUUCACCUAUCCACUGAAGCGAGGAAUACAAUUCAGGAAGCAGCACUGAACAUCCAGACUGCACAGGCUAUACUUCCCGGUGUUCAGUUCCCCUACUGCACGACAAGGGAGAUGAGUGCGCUGCUACAGGCUGUGGUGUACAUGUUCACCGACAUGCAGAUCCCUGAACGCUACAGCUACGCGGGACAAUGUUACAGAAAUUUCCGCGAGAGGGCGCGGGCGCUCUUCAAGUGGAUGCAAGAUAAAAUCGAAAACAGUCUGAAGAAAGACUUGACUGAUGUGGACAGGGAGGUCAGCGAGGUCAACAAGCGACUGCGCAGACUCCGAGUGUCGCUCAUAAGGCACAAAAUGGGUGAUUACUCCAUGGAGAGGUGCCCUGCACCACCACCAUUUGGUGGUUCAAGCCUGAGACGUCUCACUACAUCAGAGAGAUGCUCCCGGUCUGGGUUCGACUCUCGCCAGUACAAGGCUUCACCUCAUCAGGCAGACAUGUUGCAGGGUCGCACAAUACAUCAGAUGUAUUUCAACGCCCCUGGCGAGUGGGGACCAAACGGUUUGUGGAAGGCCGUGACGCAGAUACCUGGACAAUGGUCUCAAUGAAACUGCUGAUGCAGGAUCACAGCGGACAGACAAUCACACCAAAAAUUUGACCAUCACCCCAAGAAGAAUUCAGUGCCUGGACAGACUUAUUAAUGUAAAAUCGUCAGUAAUGAAGUGCUUUGACUCUAGAGGAGCAAGUCUUCACACUGAAGUAAAAUACCUGUAGGUUUCUGGUUCUGAUGAAGUAAACCUUCUGAGCAUAUCUUUCUUUCAGCCUUAAUAGUAUGCAUCCUGUUGUGUGUCAAAUAUAGGAUAUAUAAUGUGUAUAAUGGGGGAAGUCUACACAACAAUAUUCCUGAAAAACAAAAUGGACACUAUAGUAUCAACAUUACAUGCAAUUCAAGAACUAGGUCUAGAAUCACUGUAUGCCUGAUGAUGGCCCAAUAUAAUGGCUGAAACAUGUAGCGUCAACAGCAAAAUAAAAAAAAAAUGUUGAUACAGUAGUACCUAUUUUGUUUCUCAGGAAUAUUGUUCUGUAGAGUGCCCCAUUCUACACUAUAUAUAUAUCCUUUCUUUCAUUGUCAGAGAACAAAUGGAGCCUACACUGUGUGUCCAGGAUCUGUUAGGACUCAUUUUUUUAAAUGUUGCACUGCAAUG